AUGGCCAGCGCUCUUCCGGUAUCUGUACAAGCCACCAAGUACCGGCUUCAGGUGGCCGCAAUAGACUUCGGCACGACUUACUCCGGUUAUGCAUUCUCGUUUCGCACGGAUUUCUUGGAAAACCCUCUCAAAAUCCUCACCAACAAAUGUGAGUCCCAGGGCGGCUCAGCAACACUCGUCUCCAUGAAGACCCCUUCCCGUGUCCUUUUCUCUCCGGAUGGAAAUUUUGACAGCUUCGGUUAUGAUGCUGAGGAGAAGUAUCUGACACUGGCAAUGGACGAGCAACAUGCACGCUGGUUCUACUUCAAAAACUUUAAAAUGUUUCUGUACGAAACUAAGGUGAAUACUGAAUGA